CACGGCGCAGUUGCGCUCCGGCGACGAGGGCGCAGUUUGCAGUGACGUUGAGCGCAGUGUGUGUGUGUUGAUGGUGGCGGCGGCGGCGCAGGCCGGGAGGAAUCUGCUGAGCCGACAUUUCGCAGCGCCCCGGGAAUAUGGUGUCAGGGCACAGGAGAGUCCAGGACCAAGGGCCGUAAACAUAAGCGCUAUCCAGAAGUGAUGUCAGAAAGCAUUUCUUCAUAGAAAAGAUUUUUUGAGCAUUUUCUAUAAAUGGACCCCAGCAGCAUGUCAUUCAUUGAAGGAGUUGGUGAUGAAGUUACAGUCCUGUGCGGAAUAGUCUUCUUGCUUCUGGCACUUGUUCUUGCCUGGCUCUCCACACAUGUUGCUGAUCGUAGUGAUCAAAUAUUCGGGACCAUUGUCACAACGGGGAACACUUCAUUAGUCAGGCUGAGCAGCGUCGAGCGAUACGUGGCAAAUGCAGCAGCACCCGAGGCAGAUGAAGCCCAGUCAGCAUCUGCCCCUGCUGAGCAAAAGCCAGAGGAAGAAAAUGAUUCUGGGCUUGGAGCAUCGCCUGGAAACAAUGGACCCACCAAUGAGCAGGUGCCAGUCGAAGGGGCUUCCGGUUUAACCGAUGCAAAUAUCGAUCCUCUUUUAAACAUUCAGGGUCUGCGCAAGCGAACGUCAACCAGUGGGAUUAGUACUGAUGAGGGACUGGACCCUGCAAUGCUUGAGAACUGUAAUGCUCGUACACUCACAGUGGAUAGUGUUGAAGAGGGUGAAGGGCAAAUUAAAGUGAGGCUGAAAUUUUUAAAUGACACUGAAGAGGUUGCACGAGUAAAACCAGAAGAUACUAUUGGAUUUCUAAAGAGCAAAUAUUUCCCAGGACGAGAGCAGCAAAUGAAGUUCAUUUACCAAGGCCAGCUUCUGCAAGAUCAGUCCCGCACUCUUGGAUCACUCAACAUCACAGAUAACUGUGUCAUCCAUUGUCACAUUUCACAAACUUCAUCCUCCCCAGGCCCUGCUGUUUCUUCUAUGGUGGAGCAGAACCAAGCCGCCCUUAAUGUGGGUAAUCUGAUGAUCCCAGUUUUUGUCAUCAUGCUUGCUGUAGUCUGGUACUACCGCAUUAACUACCGUCAGUUCUUCACUGCACCAGCCACAGUUUCCCUGGUUGGUGUUACCGUUUUCUUCAGUUUUCUCGUGUUUGGCAUUUAUGGUCGAUAAAGGCACAUUGAUAUUUUCUCAUUCUUCAUCAUUGCUUAUCCAACCCAACUGAAUGUGGUAUCACUGGUCAAUGUUGAAAUCAGAUGUCAUGUGGAAACAGUGUAUUUUUUAAAACAACAAAAGUAAACUAGAGGUCCAGUUUAGCACUGAUUUUUGCCAGAAUACCAUGCUGUUGGCUAUUUACUAGCAUUUAAUAGAGAUUUUAAAAUGAAGUCUAGCUAGGAAAAUGAUUGCAAUUAGUUGAAUUUGGGAUGGGAAAUUUUACUGUUGAUUUAUGAGGUUACAUUGAGCCAGAAAACAUUUCACACAGCCACAGCCAGCUUCAUGUUAAAUGCCAUGUAAGUAUCCCCCAAACAAAAAUUCAAGGAUCUGUUAACACUGGUAGUUUAAUACGCAUUCAGUGAAUAGUGAACUGCCAAUAUGAUUAAUCAGGUUUCAAAUUCAUGGGUUAUUGUCAAAUUGCCUUUGAAUAUCAGAAAUAUCAAGGCCUUUUCGCAGUGAAAGUGGGUGUGAUUAGAUUUUAUUGUGCCAGCCUGUCAAAACUCUUAUCACAAGCCAAGCACAUGUUUAUCUGGAUUUCCUAUAUUUACAGUGCCAGUGGUUAGCUGGUAAAGCCUAAAGUUUGUUUAUACAAAAUGUGGUGACCAUGUUACUGUAAAAUAUGAUAUACGGAAUCAUUGUACAAGCAGGCAAAACCUUAAGUGGACAAAGGAGGUUAUUUCAUGUUACAUCUUAACGUUGGUUUUCCAAAAGCCAGGGAGAUAGUUUAAUGCCACGGUAAAAGUUGUUUUUUGCUGUCCACAACUGCUCAAUGCCUUUAUUAAUGGCAGUUGGCAAAGAAGCUCAACAAAUUAUCAAUUCUACGAGUUUUACCCCCUGAUUUUUUGAAUGUCAGGCUAUGUAAUAUUUACAUGAUUUUUAUAACUGCUUGAUCAUAAGGUGUAGCAAUCAUUGUAUUUGCAUUAUUGUAUUGAGAUGUGCCCAAUCUCUGGUUUGUUCUAUGACUGCUUUCCUGAUCAUGUAUCAUGUUAUCCUAAAAGACACAGUACUACUGCUGUUAAAAGUUCAGAGAGGGAAGGCGAGGAGAGUAGCUAGCCACUGCACAGAUCAGACUGCCCUUUGGAUAAGUUCUACAACCAGAAAAAAAAAAGCAGCAAAUUUUUAAAGUAGACUUUAGGAAAGAAAAUUGUUUAAUUAAGUGUUGUUCAAUUAUCAAAGAAUACAGGGAUUCAAACUGAGAAACCUACAUAGAGCUUUAAAAAAAAAUAAAACAGCAGCAGAGAUGUACCAGUAGUUUGAAUGCCCUUCACAAAAGUUAAAUCUGCACCUUACAUGGUUCAGUGUUGUAGAAAGGUAUAGUUUGUCUAGAUUAAUACUGUGAGUUAUUUGUGCUUCUCACUGAGUCUAAAGCUAUGCAGGUUGCAGCAAAUAUUGGCUGAAUUGAUUGAUGCUUAGUUUAAUAUUCAGACUUUAUAUUAAAUUACACCUUCAUUAAGAGUUGUAUCUUCUGGAGAUUUUUUCUCAAUAAAACAAAUCAAGACUGGUAUGAGCCUAAAGUAAAUGCUUCAAAAAAGGGAGAGUACAUUUGUAGAAACGGUGUAGAUAGGUGCAGUACAUAUAUGGAAAUGUAUGACAUCAAAUGUACAUGGAGGUAAUGUAGAGAGGGGCUGGACAGUGGAUUGGGAUGCACACUAGUCCGUGAAAAGAAUAGGCAAGUGGAUGUGUGGAGAGAGUUGCCAGUAUCUCUGCUGCUUUUAUAGUUUUUUUUUAAUUGUUUGUGCCUUCAGGAUUUUAAAAUAUUGCUGACAUUUAUUUUUUCAGAUCUGUAGAACAGACCUGUCUUGUGCUAAAGCAGGGCACUAGGUUAUUGGAUUUAAAAUCUGUAACUUUUCUGAAUUGUUCUCCCUUUUGUUUCAAAAUAACAGCUCAUUGAAUGUAAUUAAAUACAGAAACCAGU